AUGGUAUUCUUACACGGAGGAGGAUUUUAUGAAGGCAGUGGAUCACGUAAAGAUUGGACUCCUGACUUCCUUGUCAAACGCAAUAUAAUCCUAGUCACUGUGAAUUAUAGACUGGGCCCAUACGGCAACCUCUGCAUACCAAACACUAAGUACAAUAACCAAGGGCUAAAAGACCAGGUGCUAGCUCUGAAAUGGGUUAAACGAAACAUUGGAAAAUUCGCCGGUGAUGCCAAUAAUGUAGUCUUGUUCGGUCACAGCGCCGGCUCUAUGUCCGCCGAUAUACACUUAUUGUAUAACAACGAGGAUUUGUUUAAUAAAGUUAUAUUACAGAGCGGACAAGCUGCGACUACGCUCAUAAAUGACGGCACGCCUUAUAAAACGUAUGCCAAAGACAUCGGUAUGUCUGACGAGAAUAUCGAUGUUGACCGUUUCAUUAAAAAAGUGUCGUCUAUAAACGUGGACACUUACAUAAAUAAUACAAAACAUUAUACUUUCCGUCCCUGCAUCGAUGGAAACUUUAUAACAAGUGUACCACCAAGGAAAAACAAACAAAAUAUAAAAAUAAUGCUCGGCGCCACAGAUAAAGAAAUGCUAUUCUUCUAUAGGGAUGUGACAUCGUUCGAAAGUUUCGAUUUCAUAACGGAACUGGACAGAGCUUUUACCGAAUCAGUGGUAAAUGAAAAAAAUAUCGAUGUGAUUAAAGAAAACUAUGACUUAAAACAAACAAACGAGGAUAAAUUAAAGGAUUUGACUAUAGAUUUUGGUUCAGAUUUGUCGUUUAAUUACCCAACGGAGAGGAGCAUUAGGUAUUACUUACAGAAUAAUGCCACAGUGUAUAGAUACGUUUUCAAAUACGAUGGUGAUAGAAACUUCGUGAAGAAACGCGAACACAUCACGUGGCCGGGCGCUACACAUGGGGACGAGUUGGGGUAUCUAUUCGACAUCAUGUCUUCUAACAAAAUCACUGAUUUACAUGUCGUCGACUGGAUCUGUCUGAUGUGGACAAAUUUUGCUAAAUAUGGAAACCCGACACCGCUGCCGACUUCACACGAGCUGCCGAUCACAUGGCCUCCACUCACCGCCACUACAGACAGCUACCUGCAGAUAGACAAACAACUGUCCAUUGUGAACGCACCUUACAAAGCCAGGAUGACAUUUUGGGACUCUUUCUAUCAACAACACGGACGAUAUGCUAAAGGAAUCAGUUUGGCGGAGCAAUGGUGGACUAUAUCUUCUUCCUAG